GGCAAAAACGAAAUACAACAAUUUGUUGAUGAAACACCUAUUGUUGUAUGGAAUAGUUACGGAAUGCAUCAAAAUAAAGAUCACUUUGGACUUUUCGGGUUAAAAGACCCAAAAGUUCAAGCAUUAUUAACUAAUAGAGCAAAAAAAAAUAUACAUACAACAUGUACAUCAUUUUACUGGAAUGACGAGUUAGUUUUACAACAAAUUUUUGACUUAUAUAUCAAACAUAGAAAAAUUUCAAUGCCUAUCGAUAAUUGGAAAGUUCUUUUUACAAAAUGGGUAUUACAACAAA